AAUGACAGAACGACUGAGGACCCUUCCCACUUGCUGAUGAAAGAGAUAGGUAAUUUAAAGAUGGCGGAGUGCAUGGCAGCACGUUUGGCCGCCCAAGAGGAGCAGAUAGAGCUCCUUACUCGGGAAUUUAGUCUCUUACGAGACGGGCUAAAUAGUGGUCCAGAAGUCGCUACCUUUCUCGCCAGUUCUACAGAGCUGGAGAGCCUGCGAAGCGAGAAUGAGAAGCUCAGAUACCGUCUAGUGCACCUCCGCCGGGGUCUGCAGGAAGAAUCUGAACUGGAGGGACAGGGAAAGCUGGGUACAAAUGUAGUCCAGGGGAAAAAGAACGAGAAACAGCAUCAACAACCCAAAAAAAACACAGAUAAGGUAGUAAUUAAUGAUACCAAACCUGCUGCUGACAAGAAUAAGAAGGAAAAGCCACAAAAGGCACAGGGUGGGGCCUGUGCUGGAGAGCUGAAACCAUGGCCUGGCUACAUAUCAGAGCGCAUGCAACUUUAUGAAGAGCUGAAGAAGGAGAGUGAUUUACUACUGGCCAGGAGAGCUUCACAAAGUCAGCCCAUCCAUGUCGAACUGCCCGAUGGACACAGAGUGGAGGGUCUUGCCUGGGUCACCACCCCCUACCAGCUUGCCUGUGGGAUCAGUCAGGGCCUAGCUGACAAUGCUGUGAUUUCCCGGGUGGAUGGGGAGCUUUGGGACCUUGACAGGCCUCUGGAGAAGAGCUGCUCACUUGAGAUUCUGCGCUUUGACAACGACGAUGCCCAGGCUGUCUAUUGGCACUCCAGUGCUCACAUCCUUGGUGAGGCCAUGGAGCGUUUCUAUGGAGGCUGUCUGUGUUAUGGACCACCCAUUGAGAAUGGCUUCUACUAUGACAUGUUCCUUGAUGGACCCCAGUCUGUGUCGAGUACUGAGUUUGGCUACCUGGAGACACUGUGUAAGGCUGUGGUGAAGGAGAAACAGCCCUUUGAGAGAUUGGAGGUCAGCAAGGAGACCCUGCUCAGGAUGUUCAAGUACAACAAAUUCAAGUGUCGCAUUCUGAAUGAGAAGGUUACUACACCCACUACAACUGUCUACAGAUGUGGCCCUCUGAUUGACCUGUGUCGUGGGCCCCACGUAAGACACACAGGGAAAAUCAAAGCCUUGAAGAUCUACAAGAACUCUUCUACAUACUGGGAGGGCCGCUCGGAUAUGGAGACCCUACAGCGCAUUUACGGAAUCUCCUUCCCAGACUCAAAGAUGCUGAAGGAGUGGGAACGCUUUCAGGAGGAGGCCAGGAACAGAGACCAUCGGAAGAUUGGAAAGGAACAGGAACUGUUUUUCUUUCAUGACCUGAGCCCUGGCAGCUGCUUCUUCCUCCCACGUGGUGCCUAUCUGUACAACACUCUCACUGACUUCAUCAGGGAGGAGUACUGUAGAAGGGGAUUUCAGGAGGUGGCGUCUCCUAAUGUCUAUAACAGUAAGCUGUGGGAGACAUCAGGCCACUGGCAACACUACAGCGACAACAUGUUCUCCUUCCCUGUGGAGAAGGACAUCUUUGCCCUGAAGCCUAUGAACUGUCCUGGACACUGUCUGAUGUUUAGCCACCGGCCUCGGUCCUGGAGGGAGCUGCCGCUGAGACUAGCUGAUUUCGGGGUGCUGCAUAGGAACGAGCUGUCGGGGACACUGACUGGCCUUACGAGGGUGCGCCGCUUCCAACAGGAUGAUGCCCACAUCUUCUGCACCAUGGAACAGAUUGAGUUUGAGAUGAAAGGCUGCUUAGACUUCCUGCGCUGUGUCUACGACAUCUUUGGAUUCUCUUUCCAGCUGUACCUUUCAACCCGUCCAGAGAAAUACCUAGGAGACAUCGCUGUCUGGAAUCAGGCUGAAAAGCAACUGGAAAACAGCCUGAAUGAGUUUGGAGAGCCAUGGAAACUAAACCCUGGAGACGGUGCAUUCUAUGGACCAAAGAUUGACAUUAAGAUCAAAGAUGCUAUUGGGCGCUAUCAUCAAUGUGCAACAAUUCAGUUGGACUUCCAGCUUCCUAUCCGCUUCAACCUGACCUUUGUGGGAAAGGAUGGGGAUGACAAUGCAAGACCAGUCAUCAUCCAUCGGGCCAUUUUGGGAUCAGUGGAGAGGAUGAUAGCCAUCCUCACUGAGAACUACGCAGGGAAAUGGCCCCUCUGGCUGUCCCCAAGGCAGGUGAUGUUUGUACCUGUCAACCCUACCUGCGAAGAAUAUGCUAAGAGAUUAUGUGAACAGUUUACAGAGGCUGGGUUCAUGGCAGAUGCUGAUCUCGACUCUAGUUGCCUCCUAAACAAGAAGAUCCGCAACGCGCAGUUAGCUCAGUACAACUUUAUCCUGGUGGUUGGUGAGAAGGAGAAGCUGACUAACACUGUGAACGUGCGUACAAGAGACAACAAAGUUCAUGGAGAGCUGUCCGUCUCUGAGGUACAGGCUCGUCUGGCCCUUCUGAAAGAGUCACGCUGCCUGAAUGCUGAGGAGGAGUUCUAAUAAGAUCAGGAUCUCAGCAGGUCCCAAUUCUGUGAUAUUCUCAGUCACAAUAGAAAAUAAGGGAAAUUAUUUAUGAAUGCAAGAGGUCAGUGAGAGAAUUAUGAAAAUGGAAAGGGGUAGAAAAGUAUGAAGUUAAUGAAAUGAGAACUGCCAAUUGAAGUCUCUAGUCAGACUGGCUGAGAUUGAACCCUGUGAGUAAUAGUGUUUCUACAUUACAGUGUGGUUUGUUAGAGCACUGGAGCAGUCAGAAGGCCUAGAAAAUAGAUUGUACUUUUAAACGUACAGAACGUUCUUGUAUUUGGAGUUGAUUACGUAUGUAUUCUAAGUAUAGAAUGUGGUAAAGGAAGAUAGGAAUGUUGUUGAGGUUGAAAGAAGGCUGCAAUGUAAGCAAAAUUAAACGUUCUGUAAACAAAAGUAUUGUAAAAUAAAAUACUGCCUGAA